GAAGGGAUAAUUUUUACCUUUCCAUAUUGUGAAGUAGAUUCCUAUCAUACAUUUUCAUUUUUAUUCAUUAUACUUUUCAUCCCUUCCAUCUCUACAGUUAGUUAUUGAUUCUUCCACCUUUCAAUAUAACUGUGUUGUUGCACUUGUAUUUUAUCAACACUUUCUCCUACUACAAUUUUAUCAUUUUAUUUUUGAAAGAAGAUUUAGCCGUUAAAGAAACAACGAAAUUAUUUAUUUACCAUUUUGUUAAGAAAAUUGAAGUAUACAAUGAAAUGGUGUUUUCUUUUUCUUUUUUUUCUAAAAACCAACCAUGAAAGGAAUACCCCAAAGUAAAAGUAAUAAAUUAGGUAAAUUUUAGUUAAUGAGGUGAUGGGUAAAUAUUUUGGUUUUUUGAAAAAAUUUUGGUAUCCAAUUGUCAAGCCCACGAACGAAUCAUAUGUUAGAAUUAGAAAAACCGAAUGCAUUCACCAUAAUCCACACAGCUUCAUCAUCGUCUCCAUUCUCCAUUCUCCAUUGCUCCAUGAAAUGUUGCGUACUCAUUCUUCCUUCAUCCUUAAACCCUCAACAGACCCAUUCCCUUCACCCUUCACCUUCUUCCCAUCUCAAUUCCACCCCACACUCAUCUCCCGUCCUCCUAAACCCUCCCGCUUCCUCCUCCGCUGCUCCCCCGUUGAUUCCGAAACCCUCCCCAAAUCCGCCAUCCAAAGAAUCGCCGACAAGCUUCGAAGCCUCGGCUUUACAGAAUCACCCCCCGAACCACUACCCGACCCUAAUUCUCCCUCUGCUCCUGGUGCAAUCUUUGUUCCUCUGCCGAAUCAGCUGCCCAAGUAUCGGGUUGGCCAUACCAUUGAUUCGAGCUGGAGCACGCCGGAGAAUCCGGUUCCGGAACCGGGAACGGGGACUGCGAUUAAGAAGUUUCAUGAAUUGAGAGGUGAGGUGCAGAAAAGGAAGAAGGGGGAUGGGAUCAGGGAGAAGAAGAGGGAGGAGAGAGCGCCGAGUUUGGCGGAGUUGAACUUGACUGAGGAGGAGUUGGCGAGGCUUAGGACAAUUGGGAUUAGGUUGAAGAAGAAGCUUAAUGUUGGGAAAGCUGGGAUUACGGAGGGGAUUGUUAACUCUAUACACGAGCAUUGGAGGCGGUCUGAGGUUGUGAAGAUAGCGUGUGAAGAUUUGUGUAGGUUUAACAUGAAGCGGACCCAUGAUUUAUUGGAGAGAAAAACUGGAGGAAUUGUUGUUUGGAGAUCUGGAAGUAAAAUAGUAUUAUAUCGGGGGCCCAAGUAUAUAUAUCCUUACUUCUCUCAUGAAAUUUUGAAAAACGAAGCAUCUCAAGAUGCUUUACCUGAUUCACAUAGUGAUGAUGAAGGGAAUAGCAAAACAGAGAGUACUUUGUCCUGCAACAAUGAUGAAAGAUCUGCUGGACCAACUUCAUCUGUUAAAAUGCCCAGUCCGACUCUCAUUCAAGGUGUUGGUGCUCCAAACAGAGUGAGGUUUCAACUGCCAGGUGAGGCAGAACUAUCAGAAGAUGCUGAGAGUUUGUUGGAAGGACUAGGUCCACGUUUUUCAGAUUGGUGGGGAUAUGAUCCUCUACCUGUUGAUGCGGAUCUCCUUCCUGCUAUUGUUCCGGGAUAUCGUAAGCCAUUCCGUCUUCUCCCAUAUGGAGUGAAGCCUAAGCUAACCAACGAUGAAAUGACCUCAUUGAGAAGACUUUCUAGGCCUUUGCCAUGCCAUUUUGCAUUGGGUCGUAAUAGGAAACUUCAAGGGCUUGCUGCUUCCAUUAUCCAGCUGUGGGAAAAAUGCGAGGUAGCUAAAAUUGCAGUUAAAAGAGGGGUGCAGAAUACAAAUAGUGAGUUGAUGGCUGAAGAGUUACAGUUGCUAACUGGAGGAACUUUGCUUUCCCGAGACAGGGAAUUCAUCGUCUUAUAUAGAGGAAAGGAUUUCCUGCCAUUUGCCGUUUCUUCUGCAAUGGAACAGCAAAGGCACAUGCGAUUACAUGAAAUGAAACAGACGGAUACAAUGGGGCAGGGGCUGAAACUUGAGAUAAAUGAAAAUGGUCCCACAAAUGAAAGUCAGAGCAUCACGGAGAGGAAAAAGAUGGUCUCUGAACGGAGAAAGCUGAUGUCAUCUGAGACCUCUAUGAGAAAGACUAGCAUCAAAUUGUCCGUUGCAUUAGAAAAAAAAGCGAAAGCAGAGGAAAUUUUAGCAAAGCUGGAGGAAGAAGAGAAGCUCCAACAACCUGAAAUAGAUAAAGAGGGAAUCACUGUGGAGGAAAGGUACAUGCUGAAGAAGGUUGGCUUAAGAAUGAAGCCUUUUCUACUUCUUGGUAGAAGGGGCGUCUUUGAUGGAACAGUUGAAAAUAUGCAUCUUCACUGGAAGUAUAGGGAACUUGUGAAGAUAAUUACUAAUGAGAGAAGUUUCAAAACUGUCCAUGAUGUUGCACGAACCUUAGAGGCAGAAAGUGGUGGAAUUUUAGUAGCGGUUGAGAGAGUGAACAGGAGUUUUGCUAUCAUUAUAUACCGUGGGAAGAAUUACAAACGACCUUCACGUUUAAGGCCUGAGUCGCUCUUGAAUAAAAAAGAGGCAUUGAAGCGAUCUAUGGAGGCACAACGUCGAAAGUCACUGAAACUUCAUGUUUUAAAGCUUACACAAAACGUAGAAGAAUUGAAACUAAAAUUGGAUGAAGACAAGCGAGCAAUUGGUAUGGAGUCAAAAAAGACAUCAACGUUUCAACAGGGAAAAGAAGGUAUAGACGAGAUACAAACAACUGGAAGUUUGAAAUUAGUUGCUGAUUCUGCCUGCCUCUCUCAUGCAGAAGAUAAUACUUGUUUGGAGGAGGAUGAAGUGGCCAAGGUCAAAAGGGGUCAUGAAACUCAUUCGAGUGGAACUAUGUGUUUGGACACUUCAGUAAAUAGUUUACAAGCCACGAAUGAUGUCUUUUUCAUACACAAUGGUGAUCAGAGUAAUGCCACAGCCAGACCAUCGUUUGAAUCAGUAAGGCAAGGAAACCAUGCAAAGGUGCCCAUGGAUACCACUGCUGAAUUUGGAACAAUCGAACCUCAAUCUGGCGCUAAUUCUUUGUCAGGAAAGAAUAAUUCUGGAACUUCAGAUGCCGUGCAUCAUGUUGCUUUGAAUGAGGACACGAAACCAUCUGUUCGACUAGAAGAGGAAAAAUCACCACCAUUACUUUCCUCAAUGAGGAUAAACCAACCUGGUUAUUUACCUGCCAGUGCUCCUCAACUUUCCAACAAAGAGAGGCUUCUUUUGCGACGGCAAGCUCUCAAGAUGAAGAAACGUCCUGUGCUUGCUGUAGGCAAGAGCAACGUAAUUACAGGAGUUGCAAAAGCAAUCAAGGAACAUUUUAAGAAACAUUCUCUUGCUAUAGUUAAUGUCAAAGGUAGAGCCAAAGGAACAUCGGUCCAGGAGAUUGUUUUUAAGCUUGAGCAAGCAACUGGUGCAGUCCUAGUCUCUCAGGAGCCGAGCAAAGUUAUUCUUUACAGAGGUUGGGAGGAAGAAGAUAAAUCCCAAGAUAGGAAACAGAAUGCUACCGUGAUGGAGAACAGUGGUGAAGAUCGACUAUCUAUGUGCUCUGAACUCUUGGCAGCUAUUAGGGUUGAGUGUGGACUGCGGUGAACAGGAAAGGUCAGCUCCUCCAUUUGAAAUUCUAGCUCGUGUCUCAGAAAUCAAAUGGCAUUUCUUGGCUCGGUGUUUGUCGGUUCGUAAUUGGAUUGUUUUGCCGUUUGUCAGCUAGCAGGUAAGAUUUAAGAAUGUGCCAUGUCUCAAUCUUGAUACACAUGUAAAUUGGUAACUGAUUUUCAAUGUCAUUAAAUAUUGUUUAUGAUCUAAAAACUCAAUUCUCUAAUGCUAUGGUCUAAAAUUCAAUUA